AUGAUAGAAAAAUCUAGGUUUUUACCAGAAGACUUAAGAAAAAUCAUAGAUCCAGUUAUACAAAGGAACGGUUAUUUUGGUCAUCCUGAAAAUUUAUUAUUGGCCAUGUUGGCUGACACUCGCAAAACAGUGAGAGAAUUAGGUCUCAGAAGAUUGUUGAAAUGUAGAAAAAUAGCAAACCAACAAGAAAUACGAGAGUUCAAACUGCCAGCUUUAAAGUUUGAUGCUGAAGAUUACAUAGAUAUCAUUGAUUGGCAGUCGACAACAAUAACCGAACCUCCCCUAACAAAAUAUAUUUCCAAUGAAGAACUAGAAGAAAUGAUCCUAGAUGUUCCAGAGGAAAUUGAAAUUUUGAAAUAUCCAUGCCACACGCAAGCAGUGGAAAGGUGUGUAAAAUUAGUAACCGAUGCUUCAGUUGCUGUGUGUGGAAAUAUAGCAAGGGAUGGAUUUAUAAGAGCAAGAAUUGCUUCUAGAGCUAGUUUGCCAGUAUUCGAAACCAAAAGUCAAUACCUUCAAGUUUUCAACGUAAAUUAG